GGGCCGGGCAAUGAAAAGGAGCUGCAUUCUCCACACCUCUUCUCCGUUCUUCACGAAUCCGCACACGAAUUGAUAUCGCACACAAUGGCUGAGUCGAAUCUACCACCACUUAGAAUCCUCUCGCUUGAUGGCGGGGGAGUCCGUGGAUUGAGCUCGUUGAUGAUACUACAGGAUAUCAUGACCACCAUAUCGCAGCACGAGAAAUCCUCCAACAUUCGCCCGAAGCACGACGACACACCAUUGAAGCCCUGCGAAUACUUUGACAUCAUCGGCGGGACAUCUACCGGUGGAAUCAUCGCCAUUCUACUCUCCCGUCUGCGCCUAGACGUACCGACAUGUAUAAGCAUCUACACUCGGCUCGCGGAGGAAAUAUUCAGCAAGGACCGCUCAGUUAGGAUAUUUGGAACGCCGCUCCGGUUUGCGGGGGCCCGGUUCUCGGGGGUUGUAUUGGAGAAAGCUAUCAAGCGGGUGUUGGCCGAGAAAGGCUUCGACCCGGAGGAGAGAAUGUUCGACGAGACGCUCUCGCUACGCGAGCAGGAGAUCCGUCGUCGGGUGGAUACCGACCAGCUCGCUAAAUUAGAAGUAACCCAUAGUGGCGGUGUCCGGGACGUGAUCGAGAAGAAAACCUGGCGAAGAUCUACAAACACCAAUCUCUUGCUCGCUCGCGACCCCCAGUCUACGCCGGGUCCAAACACACCUAGUGCACAACCCCACGAGCCGGGCUGCCACGGUAUAGUCGUAGCAGUCUACAAGCACGCCGUCGGCGUACCGAAACUGUUUCACACAAACGAUCCCACCGACCGCAAGACCAAAAUCUGGCAGGCCCUCCGAGCGACCUCUGCAGCCCCAACCUUUUUCGACGAGAUCACGUUCGGCACGCCCAAGAUCACCUAUAUUGACGGCGGUCUCGGCUAUAAUUCCCCGUGCGCCGAAAUCGAUUUUGAGGCCAAAGCCCGCUGGCCCGGUCGGGAAAUCGGUGUAAUUGUUAGCAUCGGUACCGGUUUACAAACCAUCCCAGCUAUAAGACGUGGGUUGCGCUGGCUGCCCUUCGGUCUUCAUCGCGAACUGUCACUCGCGGGUGCGCUCGUGGCGAUGGCGACAAGCACGGCGAGAGUUGAUAAUGAGGUGCAGAGGAUGUAUAGGGACGCGCAAACAGAGUAUUACCGCUGGGACGUCGAUUCGGGCCUUGGUGAAAUUUCUCUCGAGCAGUGGAUGAAGGAAGAUGAGAUGGGGAGUGUUACGAGACGGUACCUGGACGAUUCUGAUCAAGUUAUACGCAGGCAAAAGUUGGCUAGAACGAUCGUUGGGAUUUCGACCAAGAGGAGAGUCGUUGAGUGUUCUGCUGGGAGGUUUGCUAUCGCCCCAGUGCCUGUAGGGGAAGAGGCUGCGAGUUGGUCGUUGGAAAACAUGUUCCUCCAGGGCGUACCAAAAAACAGCCGUUCAAGUCCAGUACCGGUACCUGUCCUCGAAGACCUAGAUAAUGACGGCACCCGCACCGAGUCACAAAUCCUGACCUGCAACCGCGCCGUCACUUCCUCUUUAGACCUCCGAACACUAAUUUCCGGCGUCCCUACAGGCCGCUAUAAGCUUCGCUAUAUCCUCCGCUCUUCAGCACCGACAUCUUCACCAUCCCCCCUUCGCCCGCCAGAAGACUUGAUCCUCUCAGCCGGGAAGCCAUACGAUGCAAAGACGUUCACGAACCGCUUCGUCGAUAGGUACAUUUCCACGGACAUUGUUCCUACACUGCUACAGCCGGAUGCAGUGAGGGUUAGGAUUACCGCUCAGCAGUGGGCUGUAGAGGAGCAGCAGGACGGUCAUAGUGGAUGGUUUGAGGUUUCCGGAGAUGCGGAGGUGGUGGUCGGUGCUAGCGGGCACGUUGGAGUUGUGCUUAGCUGUAUUGAGAAAGACGGAGGAGGGGAUGGUGGCCAGAUUUCCGGUGGGUGGGGGUUCGGGGGUGUGAGGUUGGUACCAAUCUAGAUGGUUUUCAUUUGCGGUAGGUAGCGGUGAUGGGGAGCGUUUGUAUGAGUGGUGGCGGUGGUAUAAGUUAUGUUGCACAGCACCUGCAUUUAGCGACCGGUGGCUUUGUUCAAUUUUUAGUUUUGUGCUUUUUUUCUUUCGUCCUUUGUUUCUUCAUCCCACAAGAGAUAACAAGCAUGGCGUUCAGCCCAGUCUUGUUUGAUUUUGUGAGCCCUUUCUGCUAUUUCCAUGUCAAUUAAAAUACAAUAGAUUAUCAUGUCCGUC